UUGUUGGUGAAUGACAGUGAGGGGCGGGGCUUGUGCUGCGCUGAUUGAUUGAAUCAAACAGCUGAGAACGCGCGUGUGAAGACAGAGGAAAAGCAGCAGAUGCAUUGAAAGAAACGCAGAAAACACAGCAGCACAUUAAAACAUUAAAGACAGCGUCUGCGGCAAACCGAUGAAAGACGAUGAAUGCCAAAUGUGUACGGUGUGUGUUUUAGAGGCGACGAUGGUGUGGUGAAGAAUGAGGACGCCUGACAUUUUCAUUUCUCUGUGACAACUGAUGAACAACGCGCGGAGCAGCAGCAGCGCUUGAAGCAGAAACGCCAAGGGGAAUACGCGUUUUAUUUUCAGCUCCUUUUAUUUGUUGGUAUUUGACCUCGUUUAUUAAUCACACCGCAAACGCCCAACUAAACUAAAGAUUUAGGGGGAUAUAGCUUAACCAUUUUUAAAUAGCACGAAGAGGAAUAAUUGUGCAGUCCUUCGCCGUGUUAAUCAGCUGCAGGAGCCGAGAUGUGACAUUUUUCACGCGAGCAUUCAACCAGCUAUCAUAUCGGAUGCUUUAAUCGAUAAAGGGUCCAUCUCUUAGGCCAUAAUUUUAAAGGCUGCCACUGAAUAUAUCUUAUACUAAGAUGCCAUUUUUUCAUGUGCUGUUCCUGCUGCUCACUGGGCUGGAUGUGAGUUUGUCUCAAGAUGAGAAGCCGACAGUCCCGUUCGGCUGCGGAUUUGGUCUUCAGCGCCCCUACACUCUCUUAUGUGACCUGGAUGCUGUAUGGGGUGUGGCAGUGGAGGUCGUAGCAGCAGCUGGUGUGUUAGCUGCUGUUUUACUUUUGGUAGUAUUACUGUGCCGCCUGCACUCAGUGACCGAGGCACCAAAGCGAAGUGGCAUCGGUCCGACUCUCUUACUGUUGAUAGGCAUUAUUGGGCUUUUUGGGCUUAGCUUUGCGUACCUUAUUGAGCAUAACGAGAGCAUUUGUUUGGUGCGGCGUGCCCUCUGGGGUGUGUUUUUCUCACUCUGCUUUGCCUGCAUGUUGGCACAGGGCGUGAGGCUGCGAAGGCUUGCCCGUGAGUCUCGUAGCCCGGGUGGGUGUGCCCUCGCUGGACUAGCAUUAGGGUUGACAGCAGUACAGGGUAUUAUCGCUGCAGAGUGGCUUCUCCUAACAGUGCUUCGGGCGGGUAACCCAGCAUGCCAGUAUCAGCCUCUGGACUUUACGCUGGCUUGCGCCUACGUGCUUGCACUUCUGCUGGCCGCCCUAGUAAGCGCAACAUUAGCGCUGUGUGGGAAGGCACGACACUGGCACUGUAAUGUUGUGUGGCUUCUGGUCUCCUGCUUGCUGUCCAUUCUCUUGUGGGUGGCUUGGGUUGGUUUCUACAUCUAUGGAAACAACGUGCUUGGGAAGUCUCCGGACUGGGAUGAUCCAGCAUUGGCUGUAGCGCUGGUAGCACAGGGUUGGUUGUUAUUGCUGUGCCACGCUGCUCCUGAAGCCCAUGCCUGUCUUCGAGCGCCACCUCAGCCUUCUGCUCCAGACUAUUUCGACACAUCCCAGAAUUCCUCACGCAUGAGAGAGGCCAGCCUUGAUGAGGACAUCCCUCUUUCGCACAGGCAGUUUGUGGAGAACCAGGGAUAUGCGUUUGAUGAAAAUACUGCAGGGCUGAGGAGUGGCAGUCAUCAUAAUGGCAACACAGGGGCCAGACCCAGCGCACCUUUCAGAAGUAACGUCUACCAACCCACUGAGAUGACCAUGAUACUAAAUGGAGGAGCAAUUGGGAUACAUCAUGUCGGCGUAUGGUGGGGAGGAGUCGAAGCCGGCCAUAGGGGUCUGUGCAGAGGACUUGUCUGGUUCUUAUGAUCAUACCUGAGGAUCUGUGUCGAUGAGGUCUUCACAGGGGAUCCUGUCUCUAGGGCUAAUCUAGUUUUCAUGUUCUCCGCUGACAUUCAGGGCUGUUGUGGUCAUCACUAAGUGCAGGUCCACCAUCUGAUCUGGAUACGGACCGGAUAAGUCUGACUCUACGGUAACCUUGGGAUAAGGAUGAAACAGACAGAAAAAACAUCAAAGGAACUAUAUUACUUUGUUGCUCCUCCUCUAACAGCACCUUCCUCUUGAGGUGAUUGAAAUGGUGCAUUCUCCAAUAUGCAAUAUGUCUAUAUUACCAUAAUCUGCCUUAUAAAUAAAUAAAACAAAAUCACAUCAAUAUUACAUUUAAAUCUGUGAUCAUUUUAUAACUGCCUGUGAGAAUUUGCCUUUUCGUAUUAAAGGACUAUUUUUAUUAAACAUGAAACGUUGUGGUUACAGAAUCGCAAUACGUAUUUUGCUAAAAAUGACACUACAUUUAAUUUUACUCAGUUAAGUCAGCAACACUACUAUCACCUCCACUGCCACAUCUUCAAUGUGAGAAAGUACAGCAAAACAGGGACGGUAAACGAUAUCCUACAGUGUUUGCAGCGAUAUAUAAUUGUCACGAACUUGGCCUCUGUGGCUCCCUCCGAUCGCCACUAGAGGGCUCCCUCACCUGAGUAUUAACCUUACAUGGACUGCAUUUCCCGUAACCCCAUACCUGGGCUGAUUACACACACACACCUGACUCCCAUAACCCGGACUAUUUAAGCUGACGCACUCACUCGCCCAUUGCGAAGUCUUGUUUUGCCCCGGCUGACACUACUGAGCAUUUUUCCCUGUUAUCUGUAUUCCUGUGUAUAACCUUGGACUGUUUAGUACCCUUGUUUGUUUGCUGCCUGCGCUGUGAUUUACUUGCCUGUUUACUGGAUUACUCUGCCUUGUCUGCUGCCUGCCCUGACCCUUUGCCUGUUCCCGUUUACGAUACUUCUUUGCCUCUUUGCAACUGUUGUUGCUGGUAUUUGACCCCUGCCUGUAUGACUACGAUUGUUUAUAAUAAAGCUGCAUAUGGAUCCUAUCAAGUCUGCCGCCUCGUUACAGAAGACUUCGCCAGACCAAGAUCCAGCGGCUAUCUACCAUUUGUCAACAGAGGUUUCUACCCAAGCGAGUGUGCUAGCCGUCCACCAACAACAACUUACCCGUUGGAGCUAGUGAAGACGCUACAAAGCAUGCGACUCUCCAACGCUGACGUAAGUCCGCCAUUAUCCACGCCACCCACCGCAGCGGCGUCACCAACUUACACCACAACAAACCCGCGUCUAGCCUUCCUGGAGAAAUAUGACAGAUCACCAGCAAGAUGCAAGGGGUUUCUGCUACAAUGCUCACUGUUUAUAUCCCAACAACCCGCUCUAUACACCAAUGAUGAGAGUUGCAUCGCCUUUGUGUGUUCCCUGCUAACGGGUAAAGCGCUGGAAUGGGCUACUACGGUGUGGAAUAACGGCCAUCCUACAUUUACCUCACUUGAUGAAUUCCUGCAAUGUUUCCGUGAGAUUUUUGAACACGCCGAGAGAGGAAAGGAGGCUGGUGAGUUACUGCUGGCGCUUCGCCCAAGGAAGACAAACGGCGACAGAAUACGCUCUCAUAUUUCGCACACUAGCUGCUCAAACAACCUGGGUGGAUGACACGCUGAAACUACUGUUCCGCAAGGGCUUAAACAUGGACCUUCAAUCUGAGUUGGCUUGUUGUGACGAGGGAAAAACUUUGAAUGGCUUCAUUGAUCUGGCUAUCCGCAUCGACAACUUAAUUCGCUCACGACGCUGCCCGAGAAACGCCUCAUCAUUCCCUGCCGCCACUCCACCAAUGCAAGAUUCUGAACCCAUGCAAAUCGGUUCCACUCACCUGUCUUCGGAGGAAAGAGACAAACGUGUUCAGCAACACCUUUGUCUCUAUUGUGGACAACCCGGCCAUUUGAGAGCAUCAUGUCCCACUCGACCCACAAGCCGAAAUGCCACUGUGGUGAGUUUCCCUUCUACCUGUCGCAAUAUUGACAUUCCAGCAAGACUCAUGAUAAAAGAUAACUCAGUGAAUGCCUUAGCCAUGAUAGACUCAGGAGCAGCCGGUAACUCCAUGGACUUUGAUUUCUCCAAGACACAUAACAUUGCAUUAAUCCCCUGCGAUUCUGUGUUGUCAGUUGCAGCGAUAGACGGACGCCCCCUGGGAACUGGACAGGUUCAUUACACCACUGACGACGUGUCUCUUCAAAUUGGGGCAUUGCACACUGAGAUAAUCUGUUUCUUCAUUAUCAAAUCACCUCAGAACCCCGUCAUCCUCGGAUUACCAUGGUUACGCCAACAUAACCCACAAAUUUCAUGGGCAGACAACCAGAUCAUUCACUGGUCCGACCACUGUCAUUGAAACUGUCUCCAGACUCCUCAGCUACAGAACUCUCCCAAACAAUCACCACCCACUUAACCAGCUACCAGCUGAAUACCAAGAUCUCUCUGAGGCUUUCAGCAAGUCCAAGGCAGCCCAGUUACCACCACAUCACACCAGCUACUGUGCCAUUGACCUAAUCCCAGGUACGACGCCCCCCACAGGUCGCAUCUUCCCGCUCUCCCAACCUGAGUCUGAGUCUAUGAGGAACUAUAUCGAGGAGGAACUGGCCAAGGGAUUCAUUCAACCAUCUACGUCUCCUGCAUCUGCAGGGUUCUUCUUUGUAAAGAAGAAAGACAGGGUGUUAAGACCUUGUAUCGACUACCGAUGCCUCAAUGAUAUCACGGUGAAAUAUCGUUAUCCCCUGCCGUUGGUUCCAGCUGCCCAGCUGAACAACUUCGCACUUCCAGCUGAACAACUUCGCACGGCCAAAUACUUUACCAAGCUAGACCUCCGGAGCGCUUACAACUUGAUCCGUAUCAGGGUCAUAGUAUACAUUGACGACAUUCUUAUUUAUUCAGAUACUUACCCCGAUCACGUCCGCCAUGUCCGCUCUGUCCUACAAAGACUCAUAGAAAAUCAACUCUACGCCAAUGCCGAGAAGUGUGAGUUUCACCAGACUGCCACGUCCUUCCUGGGUUACAUUAUCAGCUCUGAAGGGGUCGCUAUGGAUGACAGCAACUCAAUGUCAAUUUCACCCUAACUUCUGGCUAUCAUCCUCAGGCUAAUGGUCAAGUUGAACGCCUCAAUCAAGAACUCACCCGAUACUUUUUUUGUCACCACAAUCAAACCGACUAGAGUCGGUAUCUGUUCUGGGCCGAGUAUGCACAAAACUCACUCCAGAAGCUGUCGACGGGACUCACACCAUUUAAGUGCAUACUCGGAUACCAACCCCCACUGUUCCCUUGGUCAGGAGAGCCAUCGGAUCUCCCAUCUGUUGACCAUUGGCUCCAGUGGAGUGAGGCUGUCUGGAACGAGGCUCACUUUCACCUUCAGAGGGCAGUUCGGCAACAGAAGGAAUAAGCUGACCGCUACCGCCGUCUGCAUCCGGAUUACUGCCCUGGUCAAUGAGUCUGGUUAUCAACCAGGGAUCUUCGUCUUAGGCUACCCUGUAAAAAGCUCAGUCCCAGGUACGUGGGUCCAUUCAAAAUCAUCAGGCAAAUAACUCCAAUUUCCUAUCGUUUAGCAUUACCUCCGGAAUACCGUGUCUCACCCACUUUCCAUGUCUCUUUGCUCAAGCCCGCAGGUGGUCCGAGAGGAGAACCUAGACGAGGCCAGUGACCAGAGACCUCCUCCCCUAAUCGUGGAAGGCGAGGAGGCAUACCAAGUACACAAGCUCGUGGAUUCCAGACGCCGGGGCAGAGUACUACAAUACCUCAUCUACUGGGAGGGGUAUGGCCCGGAGGAACGGUCCUGGGUCAAGACAGAUGACAUUCUGGACCCGUCUCUCAUCAAUGAAUUCCAUAGAGACCCCGGCGUCGACCGCCUCCUCGCUUCAGGAGCUGCUCGCAGGGAGGGGGCUUCUGUCAUGAAUUUGGCCUCUGUGGCUCCCUCCGAUCGCCACCAGAGGGCUCCCUCACCUGAGUAUUAACCUUACAUGGACUGCAUUUCCCAUAACCCCGUACCUGGGCUGAUUACACACACCUGACUCCCAUAACCCGGCCUGUACGACUACGAUUGUUUAUAAUAAAGCUGCAAUGGAUCCUAUCGAGUCUGCUGCCUCGUUACAAUAAUAAGCCUAAUGCAAUAUAAAUAACAUUCUGUCAAAUAGUUUAUCCACUCAAGAUAGUAACGAUGUGUUAUCAUGGUUGGUUAGAUAGGCUACCCAACCAUAAUAAACAGUGUCUAAACAAAAAGAGCAGCAGUUUAUUACAAUAUAACUUUUAAUUAUUGCAUAUCAGUGAUCAAAAGUCUAAAACCAGCGUAUAAUUUUAUAUCGACAAAAAAUAUUAAACAUACUGCAAUGAUUCAUGAACUCCGCUGGAAGUCAUUCUAAUCAGACAUGAGCUGCAGUGUGGGUAGAGUUGCAGAGGGGAGAAUGAGGUAGUGAUCGCAAGUGACGUUACUUGCAGAGGAAGCGCAGGUGAGAGUGCAAGUCUGCAGCCAGACCCUAUUGGAGACCAGGCUGAAACUAAAAUAAGCAUGAGUGCUUCAAACCGGAUUUGUUAUUAAGUACAUCUCAUUGUUACGUUAAUGAUAAUUUCAUGUUAACAUCGUUCAUAUAUCCAGUUUACUGAAUGGGUUCAAGACAUCACUGAUUGGACGAUGACAACAGUGUGUUAGUUGUGUUUAACUUUUGGGGCCUGUGUGUGUGUCAUUCUGGGUCAAAGUGCACCACACUGCUAAAUGUGUUUUGUGAAUGAGAAUGUGUUUACAGUUUUGAAAAUAGGUGAUUCAGAAUUUGCAAAAUGUGUCUAACCACAUGAACAGUUUAAAGUUUUGUGAACUGUGUGAUUCAUUCAAUAAAGUUGUUUUAACAGUUGAAGUUUUUGUUUAGAAAAUGGGGUUUAGUGUUUUAGCAAUUCAGAAAAACUGUAAUAUCCAGCAAUAUUACUGAUUUAACUGCACUGACACUAUCGGAUGAGAACAAACCCUGAACUGAAUUGAGCUGAAUGACAACAUUUCAGCCGAGUGCUUUCCACAAUAAUUGUUGCCAGGAAACUUUUAUGCUCUGAAGUACAGGAAGUUCCUCAGGAAUUACUUUUGGGGGAAAAAGCUUCUUCCCCUUGGGCUGGCCUUAGCACCUUGUACUUUCACAAAGUGCACUGACAAUGCUCUGGGUCUGUUGAGACUCCAGGGCAGACGCAUUUUAAAUUACUUACACAAUUGCGUCGUUUUAGCUCAAUCAGACGUGUGUGUGUUUGUGUGUGUGUGUGUGUGUGUACAUAACAAAAUUUGGGGGACAAAUUUGUACCCAGAAGUGAACAAAACCUGACAAAAUCUCCAAAAACCUUCCUUUAGGGAUGUCCUCAUUUGUAAAUUAGAGUAAUUAAAGGCUUUUUAAAAAUGUAAAAAUGCAGAAACUUUUCUGGGAUGGUAGGUUUAGGGGUUGGGUUAGUGUAAAGGCUGAUUUAUACUUCUGCGUGGAGUGUUUGCCGUAGCUAUAGCAUAGGCUGUGUGUAGCACGUGUAGCCAUGGCGUAGCCUGAUGUGCACCUCUCCAAAAAUGUAACAACGCAUCAAUUCUACCCGGACCGCAAGUGCUGUGAUUGGUCUGCUGGAACCACUCCCUCUGGUCGAAAAAACUGUCGUGGAGCGAGCAGAGAAGAGUGAGCAUUUUCAACUUCCCUAAGAAUGAAAAAAACUCUGCUCUGGUCUGUUUCAGGGGACACACGCCGUCAAGCUGCAACAAAAGUCGCUGGUGUAACACAGUGUUUAUUAAUAUCAACAAAAUGAAGAAUUCAAAUGUUUUAAAUACAAAGAUGAGUAGUAAAACUCCAUUUUGGGGAAAAGGUAAAAACAUGAGUGCAUAGAAAGACAGCAGUCCCAAUAGUAAGACUCAACAGUCUAGAACAAUUAGAAAACAAACCAUCUUACCACUCCAUCUAAACCAGAUUUAUUAUCUCAUUAAAACAAUUUCAUAAAAGUUGUUCCAAGAGGAAAAAAUCCACACCAGAGGGAUUGGAGUCAUGUCAGGUGCUGAAAGAUUAGCUGUCUCAUUUCAAAGGCAGCAUCCUCUGGAGGUCACAUUUGUUGGCCGCUUAUGUCAUUGAGGCUGCUUCAUUUCAGUAAACUGACCACUACAUUCCAAAGUCAUGAAGGAAUUACAACAAUUUAUACUACUUGAAUGCUUGAAUCUGAUGAACGUUCUAAGGUGAGCAAUUAUUUUCAGGGAAAAGCAUGGCUACAGUAGUUCUAGGCAGGUCUUGACCGCAUUACAGUUCCAUAUCACUUUGCCAAAUGAUUUCAGUUAUUUCAAAGGUCCUUACCUUCAGUUAUUUCAAAGGUCCUUACCUUUGUCCUUACCUUUUACUACAACCGCAAAAGAAACAAAACCCACAAUGACAUUGAGCAAGCAAAUAAAUAAAGUAAACAAUAGGAUAAAAAUGACUAAUUAUUUCCAUGUUUUUUGUAACAUUACGGAAAGCACAUAAUCUCUUUCCUUGCUUAACGUUGUGGCCGCAUUACCAACUCAGGUGUGCAUUAUUUUCUAAUACUUCAAAGGCCCGUCGUCAAUUAUUCCUUACUUAUGCUUCACUAGGAAUAAUGGUCAAUUGUAUAACUGUUACUGUUCUGAAAUAAGAUGUACUUUAUGAUGUAUGCGGCAGACAAAUGCUACUUCCGGAGGACGCAGCCUUCAAAAUGACAGACAGCAAUUGUGUGUUCUGUUUAAUUUGCUAGAGAUGUGUUUUUCCCACUUAUGAAACAACAUUCAUCUUAUGUAAAUGUUCUGACUGUAAACCUGCCUGCUUCUAAUUCAUCUAAUGUUUUUUCUUUUU